AUGAGUCAGUCAGUGAACGCAAUUACUUUUGUCCUGCGCGCGCCGCGUGGCAGCUUCGCAGAAACCCCGAGGCGGUGUGGUGGUACAAGCAGACCGCCACACGUGUGCAGCGGUGAAUCAUCAAUGAAUGGGGCAGAGCGGUCAGCUGCCCGGGGCUCUCGCGGGCAGCGGCCGUGCGUAGAGGGAACAAAAACCUCGGAGAAAGAGCUGCAGCGCACAAUAAAAUAA